GUAGAAACUUUUGCCAAUUGGUCAUUAACUGCACGAGCACCACAUGGCUCAGGAUGGCGGAAAGCAACGCAUCGCGAUGCCUCAUCUCUGUGACCUACUUUGGCCAUUUGGAACUGCAAGAACCAGGCCCAGGGAUCUCCUCUGCCACGACUUUCUACUGGUUCAAGCCUGAUUACACACGGGGCCAAUACGGAUUCUACAAGGAGCAUUGCUCGGUGCUUAGUAACUUCUCUGCAGCUCUGAACACCUGCAAGGCUGAAGGAGGGCAGCUGGCUACUCUGGAAACCACCCCAAAGCUUGACGAAGUGACGGCUCCCCUGUAUCAGACUAAGGGAGCAAGAUACUGGAUCGGACUCUACCGAGAGGGCCCCACAGCAAAUCCAGUGUGGAUGAAUGUCAAUGGAAACAUGUCAGUGACCUCAGGCACCAUAACUGAGAAAGGGAGUGAGAACUGUUAUUCAUUGCUUAAAUGGGAUUCCUGAAUUGUUGAGGACCAUAUCUGUAACGAUGGACUGUGCUUUGUGUGCGAAAGAAACUUCUAUUAGUCCGAAGAACCACCUGUGUGAUGCUGUUACAACCUAGACCCAUGCUGCUAUUACCCAGAACCCAACUGUGAUGCUGCUUAACCUAGAUCCCAGCUGUGAUGCUGAUUUCUACCGGAAACCAUCUGUCUCAUUAUUGUCUCGCUCAAUAAGUCUCGACUUAAUAGUGUUGUUUUAAUUCAGAAUUGAGUGUGUUGUCCCACCCACUUAACUUAAUAAUGUUUGUUUCAGUUCAUGAUUGAAUACAGGGCUACAUUUUUAUUACUGUAGUUACAACAGUGUGUUUGAGUUUGUGUGUGUGUGUGUGAGUUGGUCUAAAGCCAACCGCAGUGUUGUGUAAAUUAUAAUAGUGUUUUCACUGUGUGAUCGUUUCACUAGAGUUUUUAACAGUCUAAGUGUGUGUUUUAUUUCCAGUUAAUUACAGAGUGGCUCUCACCUUAAGCUAAAUAUAAUCUCUGAUCCCUAUUUCACUAUAAGUUCACUUUUAAAAUUCGUGCCAUCACCCUUGUUUAUAACUAGGCCUAGUGCUGUCUGACUUCUCCUUAAACAAAUGCAGUUUUUUUUCUAGUCAUAUAGAGUUGUCGUUACCUAGAAUUAAAUGUAUACCAUAUUUUAAAUCAAAUCUAAAGCAAUUGUGUGGUAAAGCCAAGCAAAGGUUGAAGUACAGGCCUACAUGUUCAGGUUGUAGUAUAGGCCUACAUGUUCAGUUUUCCAAGCUAUUAGUCAUUAUUAAAAGAAUGUAUACAUUAAUCAAUCGUUGAUGAAACGCAACUGGAUGUUUGUGUACAUUUGAUUUUAAUGUGACAAUAUACACAUGGACACUUUAAAAAUAAAUAACUAUA